CGCGCCCGCGCCGCCCUCCCCGCGCCGCGGCCGCCGCGGCUCCUCAUCCCUCCUCCUCCUCCUCCUCCUCCUUCCACCCCCCUCGCCGCCGCCGCCGCCUCCGCCUCCCCCCGCCUCCCCCCGCCCGCCGCGGCGCUUUUGGGUCGGGGCGGCGGCGGGGCCCGGGCCGAGGCAAUAAGAGCGGCGGCGGCGGCGGCGGCGGCAGCAGCUCCCGCGGCUCCUGCUCUCGUCCGCCUCUCCCGGCGGCGCCAGCGGCCCCCUCGGCUCCGGCUCGAGGGGCGGGGAGCCGCGCGCUCCGCUCGGCCCGAGCGCACCGCCCGCCCCGCGCGCCCCGCGGCCCGCGCCCCGCAGUCGGCCCCGCGCGCUCCUCCCCGAGCCGCCGAGCCCGCGCCCGGCCCGCCCGCGCCCGCUCCGGCCCGCCCGGCCCGCGCCCGCCGCCCGGCCGCGCCCCGCCGCCGCCAUGGGCUGCCUGGGGAACAGCAAGACCGAGGACCAGCGCAACGAGGAGAAGGCGCAGCGCGAGGCCAACAAGAAGAUCGAGAAGCAGCUGCAGAAGGACAAGCAGGUCUACCGCGCCACGCACCGCCUGCUGCUGCUGGGUGCCGGAGAAUCUGGCAAAAGCACCAUUGUGAAGCAGAUGAGGAUCCUGCAUGUUAAUGGGUUUAAUGGAGAGGGCGGCGAAGACGACGCGCAGGCUGCAAGGAGCAACAGCGAUGGUGAGAAGGCCACCAAAGUGCAGGACAUCAAAAACAACCUGAAAGAGGCCAUUGAAACCAUCGUGGCCGCCAUGAGCAGUCUGGUGCCACCUGUGGAGCUGGCCAACCCUGAGAACCAGUUCCGCGUGGACUACAUCCUGAGCGUGAUGAACGUGCCGGACUUUGACUUCCCUCCCGAAUUCUACGAGCACGCCAAGGCUCUGUGGGAGGACGAGGGCGUGCGCGCCUGCUACGAGCGCUCCAAUGAGUACCAGCUGAUCGACUGUGCUCAGUACUUCCUGGACAAGAUCGAUGUGAUCAAGCAGGCCGACUACGUGCCCAGCGACCAGGACCUGCUGCGCUGCCGCGUCCUGACUUCUGGAAUCUUCGAGACCAAGUUCCAGGUGGACAAAGUGAACUUCCACAUGUUCGAUGUGGGCGGCCAGCGCGAUGAGCGCCGCAAGUGGAUCCAGUGCUUCAAUGAUGUGACUGCCAUCAUCUUCGUGGUGGCCAGCAGCAGCUACAACAUGGUCAUCCGGGAGGACAACCAGACCAACCGGCUGCAGGAGGCACUGAACCUCUUCAAGAGCAUCUGGAACAACAGAUGGCUGCGCACCAUCUCCGUGAUUCUCUUCCUCAACAAGCAAGACCUGCUUGCUGAGAAGGUCCUCGCUGGAAAGUCGAAGAUCGAGGACUACUUUCCAGAGUUCGCUCGCUACACUACUCCUGAGGAUGCUACUCCUGAGCCCGGCGAGGAUCCACGCGUGACCCGGGCCAAGUACUUCAUCCGCGACGAAUUCCUGAGAAUCAGCACUGCUAGUGGAGAUGGCCGCCACUACUGCUAUCCUCACUUCACCUGCGCUGUGGACACCGAGAACAUCCGCCGCGUGUUCAACGACUGCCGCGACAUCAUCCAGCGCAUGCACCUCCGCCAGUACGAGCUGCUGUAAGAAGGGAACCCCCAAAUUUAAAGAAGCCUUAAGCACAAUUAAGAGUGAAACGUACACGCAGUUAGCCACCCACCAUAGGGCAUGGCUAACAACGCCAACCUUUCCUUCCCCCCGAAGUGAUUUUGCGAAAACCCCCUUCUUCCCUCUCGCUUGCUUGAAUAUUCCAAAUUUAGUAAGCUUAAGGCGGCCUACAGAAAAAGAAAAAGAAAAUGAAAAAAGGCCACAAACGUUCCCUUUCUCUUUGAGUAAGAAUUUAAAUAAAAGCAGCAAACAGAAAUAAAAGAAAUAAAAGAAAUGAAGCAAAUGAAAUAAAUGAAACAAAUGAAAUGAAUAUUGUCUUGUGAAGCAUUAAAAAAUCAAAUAAAAAUUAAAUGUGAGCAAAGA